AUGGGUUGUCUAGAAUUCUUCAAAGACUUUUUCCUGGGUUUUUGGGACUAUGAGACUCCGAAAGUAAUGGUGGUGAAGGACAAAAAACUAGGAGUUAUAUACAGAGCCGUGCAGUUACUGGUGAUCACAUAUUUCAUCUGGUAUGUAUUUAUCAGUCAGAAAGCAUAUCAGGAGACUGAGACGCGUCCAGAGAGCUCGGUGUACACUGAGAUGAGAGGUGUGGCCAUGCUGGGAGACAUCGUUCAGGACACUACAGAAUAUGUCAGACCAUCUGAGGGUGGUGAUGUCAUCAGUACUAUUCUUAGAAGAGAAGUGACGCAUGAUCAGACGCAGGGCACAUGUGCUGAGCAUUACAGUGUUGCCAAUGCCAACUGCACAAAAGAUUCUGACUGCACUCAAGGGGAAAUUGACUUUGAUGGUCAUGGUCAAAGAACAGGACGGUGUAUACCGUACUACAACUACACAUUCAAGACCUGUGAGAUCAAAACCUGGUGUCCCAUUGAGGAAUAUGCUGUUGUCAGGGAACCAGCUUUGGAACAGGCCAUUAAUUUCACAGUGUUUAUAAAGAAUGCCAUCCAUUUCCCAAAGUUUAAAGUUCUGAGGGGCAAUAUCAAACCAAACAAGCCAAAGAAGUUGUUACGGUGCCAUUAUCACCCACAGACCAACCCUUAUUGUCCAGUGUUCAGCUUGGGCUUUAUCGCAGCGCAGGCCAGAGAGAAAUUCAGUGAACUUUGCAGAACGGGUGGAAUAAUUGGCGUGUUCAUUAACUGGAAGUGUGAUUUUGAUGUCGAUCCCUCUAAGUGCAUUCCAACAUAUUCAUUCAGAAGGCUGGACAUGAGAAAAAACCUGCCCAGCUCAGGAUACUACUACAGGUUUGCAAAAUAUUACCAUAAGGAUGGUGUGGAGUACAGAACACUCAUUAAAGCCUAUGGGAUUCGCCUGGAUGUCAUUGUUCAUGGACAUGCAGGAAGAUUCAGUCUGAUUCCGACCAUCAUCAACACUGUCACGGCCAUGACGUCAGUAGGAAUUUGCUCAAUCAUCUGUGACUGGAUAAUGCUGACGUUUAUCGAUAAGAAUGAAGUCUUCAGUGAUAUGAAGUUUGAUGAUGUCUCCAAGCAAUCCAGCCGGCCAGUGACAACAGACCUCACUCUUACAAGCUAUGGCUCCACCCACUCUGACCUCUCAGAUGGCGUGCCAUUGUAAAGCAUCCUUCCGCCACCAAAACCACUCCAGUGAUGGCAUACCAUGCCUAAUAUAGAGUGUAGUACAGUAUUUUUU